AUGAAUACGCCUGAAAGAUAUACUGUCGAGAAAAAGUUGCGUACACCGCCAAGCAUUGAUCAUGACACUUCUACUUCUACUCGUAGGAAACUUUUAAGAGGUUUGUCUGGUAAAGUAUUUAGAAAAACUCCAGAUUUAAAAUUGGAACAAAAGGCAACAUUUGGACCAUCCACAUUUUCUGCCCCAAAGACUCCAUUACACUUGUCAAAAAGACAGAAUGUUCCUUCUCCGUUGAAUUUUAAUCAAUUACUGUCACCACCUCCAACUCUGAGAAAAAAACAAGCAAGAAGGGUUGUCAGUAGUCCAUUAAACCAUAAACCUGGUCAAAAACAAAAAGAUCAAAACGGUCUUCUUUCACCAUUUGAUGUAUUUCCCUCGAAGUCAGCGUCUACUUCAAAAUUAAAAAAUCCACUGCAAAUAAACUUAACUGAAGACCUACUGCAUUCAUCACUUCUUGAACCUGUUAAGAUUAACAGUGUUGAAGAUAUGAUACUAUCUGAUAAUGAGGAUGAUUUUUCUUUUCUACCUCAGGAGUCGCCAACAUUUGCCAAGAGUUUUCCAAACAAUUCGAAAAACAGUAGAUCUGUUUCAGGGCCUAAGAGGUUUCUUGGUGAAAACUGCUCGAUGUGUGAUGAACAAAUAAGUAGUAAAUUUGGUGGUGAAAAAGUAAUUGAACUAGAUUGUUGUCAUACCUGUCAUUUUGAAUGUUAUUUGGUGAUGUUUAAGUUUGGUCACUUUGAAGGUAAAACUCCGGAGUGUAAAUUCUGUAGGAAGGCUACGAAUCCGAAAGAAGAAGAAAUGUUACAAUUAAUAGUAUCAAAGGCAUUAACUAGUUCCUCUUCUGACUUGCCUAACUCUUCCACCUCGAUUAAACAGCAAUGGAUUGAAUUGAAAACAUCAGAAGCUGAUAGAGGAUUUGCAUUCAAUUCAACUCCAAUAGAUCAAUUGAUUCGUACAGCAGAUAUUACUUCAAAUGGUUAUCAAAGCUCACUCCUCAGUGCCCCAAUUGAAGAAAGUACUAGUGUAGAAGAAUAUAUUGGUAGGCCAUAUCUGGAUAAUAAGAACUUGAUUGAUAUAUUAAAAAGUGAAUCACAAGGAAUUGUAUUGAACCUAUCUACAGAAGAUGAUGAGGAAGAGGUUGAUGAUUUGGCAGCCCUUGAAAAAAUGGACGAUGUUAAUUAUAUGGAGGAAAUUGAAAUUGAAGUUAAAACUAAUAGUUCAAAUUCAGAUGUGGAUUUGACUCUAACAUUUCCAGAUCUUUUGAACAAAAAUGAUAAUAAAGAUACUGAAAAAUAUGCUGCGAAAGUUGCAACAUUGACUAAUCAAAUAGAGACAUAUAUAUCUGAUCAUAUUGAUAAGGAUGAUCAAUUUGGUAAAUUGAUCAUGUUUGAUAAAAUUACAUAUUCGACAGAUGGUGAACGUUGGAGUGAUAAUAUUAUUGCAUUCCUAUUUACCCAAUAUUUGGUAUUUUAUGACAGCAUAAAUAAGAAUGUAACUGGUAAGAUUCCAUUAGAUCAGAUUUCUAAUAUCAAUAAAUUAAAAAAUAGAAUGAUGCUAAUUGAUUUAAAAACCAGAACUUUACCAGAAGUAUAUUUGUUAAUGCCAUUUACUGGGAAAGAUGAUGAUAUCACUUCGAAAUGGAAGUAUUAUUUACAGAACAGUAAUGGGUUCAAUGAAUUAGAGUUCCACAUUAUGACUUCUACAGCAUGGAACUUCUUUCCUGUUAAUAUUUAUAAAGAAGUCCAGAUACUUUUGGAAAGUGAGAUGGGCCAAGAAAAGUUAAGUUCUAUAAAGCCUUGGAUUCACUCAAAUUCAGUUGCUCCGAUAGAACUAAUAUUGUGUUUAAAUCUGUCUACAAAUGACGAUGUCACGAUAUACAAGAAAGAACUUAAAGAUGUUUUGAAAACUACAUUAUCAAAACUGAAUAAAAAUGACCGUUUAGGUCUUGUAUUAAUGGGAAGAGAUGGUAAUGAUAAUAUUGGUGAAUACGGUAAAUUUAUUGGGAUGAUAAAUAAAGAGUGGGACGGCUGGGAUGAAAUCAUUGAAGACUUAGACAUAAUUGACCAUGAAGUAUUUUCUAGUACAGAAACACUUGGUACAAAAGCCUUCGAAACAUGUAACAGAAUGUUAAUAACUACAUGUUUUCCUCAGGAAGAUGAAUCAAAUUUAAAACCUAUUAAACAAUUAGCGAUAAUUAAUAAGGAUAAAGUAGAACUGCCUAACCAGGGAUUAAUUGGCAAAUACAAACAAAAAAUAGAAGAAGACUAUCACUGUACAAUUUCCAAUUUCCUAUCUGGCGAUGCGUUGGUAAGUGUAAGUAAAACAAUCGACAGCUUACAUAAAAGACGUUAUCAAAAUAUAGUGAUAAGUUUUGAUGAAGGUAAUGAUAAAAUUAAAUUAGGAUGCAUGGCACCAAAUGAUGCAAAAACUGUAAAAGUAUCAAAUAUAUUACCAGAUAAAAUUGCAAAUUUGGCCAAUUUAAAUAUUGAAUGGUAUGACUGUACAAUUGAUACUACCAAAAGGAUUAAGAAGAAAGUCACUUUGGUUAUUUAA